AUGCUGGGCUCGGUGGGCCGAGGGUACAGUGUGGCCCUGCUGCUUCGGGGUCGAGAAACAGAGGCACCCCGGCUUGUGCCUCGGCUGCUGCAGAUGCUGUUUGAAGAAGCUCUGCCCCUCAGGGGCUCUGAUGCCGUGCUUAGUACUCUUAGCUUGGUGCAGCUCAGCACCAGUGGGAGGACUCGGGACCUGCUUGCUCCAGGGACAGAGAACCUGUCGGUGCUGGAUGUGGCCCCUCUGGGCUUGGUGGUAGAAAAUGCCAGUGAAGUGGAGGUGUCUGACUCAAGAGCUGCCUCAGAGCUGUACUUGCAGGCUGCAGGUGGUGAAGGCAGAGACUGUCCCUUGCUGCAGGUGUUGGCUGGUAAAGUUGUUGGUGAGGAGGUGGAGGGCUCUCUGCCCUGGAUUGUCUCAUGUCUCCUGGAAGGAAACAACUACAGUGGCCUUCUUCUUCGCCUGGACCCUCAAGGCAGCUCCCUGAGCUUGCUCCAGGCUGCUCUGUUGGGGGCCGCAGGAAGGAGGAUGAAGGUGAGACAGGUGAGGCCCACCCUCUGGGAUGCAGUAGAAGAGGCCCGGGCCCGGCGGGCUGGACUGAAGAGCCUGCGUUCAGGCCUCCUCGGGGACGCCCUGACAGAUAGUGGGCUCGGCCAGCUGGGCAGGGCACUGCGGGAGUUGCAGGUGGUAAAAGCCUGGAGCCAGCGCUCAGGAAGCUGGAUGCUCAAAGCAGUCAAAACUGAGGCUACGGGGCUCCCAGAACCACAGGUGACAAAUUCAACAGCAAGCCCCAGCCCAGGCCUCCAGGAAGAGCCUCAAGUGGAAGGAAGAACAGCAUCUAUAGGACCUGAUCUCCACCAAAUGCACCCUCUCAGGGAGUCUGAGGAACAGGCCCCGCAGGCCCCGGAUGUGGCCCUGCAGUUCUUCCUGGCUCAGGCCCAGAGGCAGAGACUGCGAGAACAGCACCAAAUUUGGAUCCAAGAGGAACUGAAGCAUUUGGAACAAGAGGAAGAGGUGGUGGCAGGGGACCAGGUCAAAGGCCUGGUGGCUGAAGAGGUUUCCGAGGAGAGGCAGAGAUGGCACCGGGAGUGGACAGGGCUAAGACUCCAGCUGGAGGCCCUUCAGGCAGAACGGGACACGGCGGAGCAGGACCUGACAGCCCUCUAUGACCUGCACGUGCAGGCUGCCCGGGCUUGGACGUGCCAUACGCUGCAGGUAUUCCGAGCCUGGCGGGGGCUGUGGGAGGAACAGGCCAUGGCUGCAGAGCAUCACUAUCGCAGCCUGCUGGCUGGCAUCCUGCAAGACACCAUCAACCUGGCCACGCAGAACCAGGAGCUCCAAGCCCAGAGCCAGCGACUUCAGCAGACUAGGCUGGGUGCAGGCAUGCUGGAUCCCGGCCCUGAGGAGAAAUGUGGGGAUCAGGAAUCCUUCAGGGGCAGUUUCCUCUCUCCUCAUUCGUAA